AUGGCCCAACCAGAGGACCAAGCCUUGGCAGCCCCCACCCAUAGGGAGAGACUGGUCCCAUCACAGGAGAAUGGGGCAGGAGAGACCUGCUUAGGGGUUCUCGGGGGCCCAGAGCCACUUCUUCGGCUGCAGAGGACCUGGGGAGUGUGGCAGGUCCCAGAGCUGGAUGCCGAGGAUGCAGAAGCCCUUUUGGAGCUGUGGCCACCUGGGAGUUUUCUGGUCACAGGACAGGAACCCUGCCAGGUCCUGGUGUUGAGGACAGGACCUUCACCAGGGGAAGUCAACACCUACCAGAUCCAGAAGCUUCCUGGAGGUGUGUCUCUGGAAUCCUCUCACCUCUGCAUGCCAGACCUUCCCCAUCUCCUGGCCUUCCUGUCAGCCAGCAGGGAUGUUUUGCCCAGAACACUGCUCUUGCCCCCUCCCACUCUAGGGUCUGGGGAACAACACGCAGAUACUCUGCAGAAUGGCAGUGUCCAACUCAGCACCUCAGAGAGGAUGAUCUCUGUGGUGAACAAGCUCUACCUGGAGACCCACAGAGGACAAGGGGUGCUAUCUCCCCCAGAGACAGCUCCGGAAACGACCAAGAGAAGUGAUCCUGCCCCCAGGAGCACUGCCCCUCAUCGGGUCUCCUGGGUGGAAGGCCCGCUCAGCCCAGAGGUACCCCAUCCCGGGCCAGCUCUGGCCAGCCUGAGGGAGGAGGUGGAGGACGACUACCAGGAAGAAGAAGGGCCGGAGGAUGUGCUUACUAGUCAUGUCCAGGCCCUGGCCAGGGCCCGGAGCAGCUAUGUGGCCAAGCAGUUCCGAGGCCUUCAGGCGCGCCUCACAUCAGAAGCUGAGGGCCCCCACAGGCCUGGGGACCCCGCCAUGGAGCUGCUCCAGGAUGUGCGGCACCUCCUUACCGACCUCCAGUAUCACUUGGCAAAGGACCCCAAUGUCAGGGCUAUCUUUGGAAGCAGAGGACCUGGGGUUCCCCAGAAGAACGAGGAGGAUCUUGGCCCCGCGGUGGAGGCGGCCUUGUGCCGGGCAGUGCUGGCGCCACUGAGGCCGGCCUUGUGGACGCGACUCCGCAAGCUCAGGGCCCCAGAGCUGAGGCGGCUGCGGAGGCAGCAAACAGCCUUGCGGGCGGAGGCGGGGCCUGAGGGGCAGGGCCCGGUCCCCGCCUUGCGGCGCCGCAUCCACGCACGCCUCCAGCACCUCCAUGCGGCCUGUGCCCCACGCCGCAAGGUGGCGUUGCUGCUGGCGAUGUGCAGGGACAUCUACGAGGGCCUGGCUUCGGGCAAGAAACCAGAGUCCCUGGGCGCCGACGCCUUCCUGCCGGCGCUGACCGAGGAGCUUAUCUGGAGUCCGGACAUAGAGGAGACACAGCUGGACGUGGAAUUCCUUAUGGAGCUCCUGGAUCCUGAAGAGCUACUAGGAGAAGCCUGA